CUUCGUCUACCCUCAACUUCAUUUUGAGUAAAUUUGCACAUACUGCGUACGCUCUCUUGAGAGAAAAGGACAUUCACCGCCAUUCUUCUUCCAGCCAACAAUUGUGAACGAUGUCUUCAGAAGCUCCUCUCAACGAGGACGGAGCCUCGACUCCAGAAAAUCGAUUGCCACAAGAUCCGCAAACUUCUCGCCAGACUCAGAAACCGUCCAGAGUAUGCCGCUUCUACAACACAAAGAAGGGUUGCCGAGCAGGUUCUCAAUGUCCCUUUCGGCACGUUGAGCCCAAAGCCGAGACAGCAACUCCGAAGCAGAAGCAUGAGCAACACCCAGAAGCCGUGGAUGCAUCCUCAUCUGCGAGCGGUCAAAACCCUCCCCAGAGAUCGAAACAAAAUGCCAACAAGCCGGUGACUGUCCAGAAACCGGUAUCACAAUUACAACAACGCGAUCCUCGGGAGUUCCAAAUAAGUCAGCUCCUCAAACGUUUCUCUCCAACACGUCAAGAGCUUGAUGAUUGUACCAUUCUCUCCCUGGCAAUGCCGCCAUCUGAUCCUGACUUCCCAUACAACUUGAGUGAACUUCAAUGUAAACUGACCAUUCCAAAGUCAUAUCCUGGCGGCGACAGACCUUCGUUACGAGUUACUAAUGAUCACCUGCCACGCGGAUUUCAGAUCAAUGUCGAAAAUGGCUUCCGCAGUCUCACUUCACAUUCACCUCAGAAAACACUGCUAGCAUUGAUGAAUGACUUGGACAAAAACCUAGAGAAAUUCCUGGCCUUCGAAGAGACACUGACCAUCAAGAUGAUCGCCAAUGCUGAGAGGAGAGCUCGUAAACCUGUGACGACAGUACCUGCUCACCCUCCACCGGCCUCCGAGCCUGUACCGAUGGUCGCACCAACACCUGUCUGGACCUCACAGCAAAAGGCUGAUGCUCAAGCGAAAAGACAAUCAGACAUUCGCCAGCUGGAGGCUCGUAUGGGACGUGUCCCUCACUUCUCGAAGAACCCCGACGCGACUUUGUACAACAUUCCGGUACAGAUCUCCAAACCAGGCAAACUUUCUGUCAACCUGCAAUCACUCAAAGAGGUAUCUCUGUCUGUGCCAAAGCUUUACAAUCUGGAGCCUUGCACGAUACGGUUGAACGGAGUUAAUGGCCCAGAAAUCGAAACAGUUCAUCUUGCAUUUGAAAAAUACUCCCGAGAACAUCCUGAAAUGACUCUCAUGGCACAUAUCAAUUACUUGACUCAAAAUAUUCACACCAUGGCCUCACAGCCUCUAGAGAAGGCGCAGCCAAUUCCUGUCGGGCCUUCGUUACUUGAACAACAUUUUCAAGACGAACGAGAAAAGGCCAUCUUAGCCGAUCCCGGCGAAAGCAGCAUUGAUGCCUGCCGCAAGAUAGUAGAUCCCGAUCGGCCACAUCUGAGAAUGAUUCCGAGACCUCCUGAAUGGGAUCCCGAGGCCGAGUCCGAUUCAGACAAGGCUUCUGAUACCUCGUAUGACUCUGAUGAAUACACGGAAUCAGACAGCGACGAAGAAGAUGAGGUUGAAGAAGUGGAAGACGGCGGAGGUGCUGCUCUACCUGUCUCGUCAGCCCCGGUGGACAAGGGCAUUCAUUUGUCCUUUCCAGGUCUGGAAUUGUACAAUAUUGAGCUGUUGACCAUUGCUUCCUUGUCAAUCUCGGUCAAAUGUCUUCGUUGUAAGACUCCACUUGACAUCCACAACGUCAAGGCAAGUAAUCUAGCACAGUCCACCACAGUCACCACUCGCACCGAGACCUGCUUGAAAUGCACGACUCCCUUCACCAUAUCCUUCAUACCAAGUCCACUGCACGCCAACACCAUCCGCGCCGGCACCAUCGAUGUUGCAGGUUGCACCAUCGGCGACCUUCUCCCCAGCAUGUUCCAGCCGACGUGCUCGUCGUGUUCGUCCACGUUCGCCGCUCCACCUGGAAUGGUGUCUGUCCGAGGGGACAAGCCGAUCCAAGUGUGCCGGUCGUGUCAUGCCAAGAUGAGCUUCACCAUUCCCGAGGUCAAGUUCCUGCGAGUGUCCAGUCACAGUGCCACGCUGCCACUCCGUAAACCGAAGAAGGAGAACCUUGGGAUCUCCGCCGGCACUGCGUUGCCCGAGAAGGGCACCUGCCCGCAUUACAGACACAGCUACCGCUGGUUCCGCUUCGGAUGCUGCAACCGCGUCUACCCGUGCGACCGAUGCCACGACGCGGCCGAGUCCCAUGUCAACGAGCACGCCGAUCGGAUGGUUUGUGGAUGGUGCAGUCGUGAACAGCGAUUCAGGGCAGAAGACUGCGCCAUCUGCGGGCACGGUUUGAUGCGUCGACGCAGAGCAGCUGGAGGUUUCUGGGAAGGUGGUCAAGGCACGCGGGACAAACGAUUGAUGAGUAGAAAGGAGAAGAGGAAAUACAAGCGUCCUCAGGGAUCAGCGGUGGGAAAGAAGUCUGAAGCGACGAAGUAGGGACUUCUCGACUGCUUCUUACGAUUCGUCAUCGUCGGUUCUUCGAUUAUCGUCAUCCAUCGCAUUGUAGUCUAGCAUAUGAAUGUCAGCAGACAGACACAUUGUGAAAGUAUUCA